AUGUCGAUUGCAAAUUCAGUCGGAAAAGGGACAAGGAAAUGUGGCACAGUCCUCCUUGAUGCCGUUACUUUUUUUGUCUUUCUUUUCCUCGACCUUCUUGAUGCUAUUCUUUGUGUGGUAUACAAGUUUCUUGAUGAGUUGUUUGAAGGUAAAGCCUCACCAUGUUACUGUGUAAACAAGGGAGAGCAAAGUGGAGAUUGUGGUGAUGGAGAGAGGGAUUUGUCAGAGACUUUGUAUGGGAGGAAAAAUGUAUUCAGGGAAAUGGGGUUUCUUGGUUUUGCAAGAAAAUGGGAACAUAGAAAGAAAAGAGAUGGUUUUGUUGGUGGAGGAAGGUUGGUGAAUAGGUGGUCUGAUUGUGGAUGUGAGUCUUGCGUUUCUUGGAUGAAGAAUGGUUGUCAGAAGCUUCAUGUUGUUGUGAAAGAGCCACCACAAGUGGAAAGUGAUGAUUCAAGAGGAGAGUCAGCUGAAAAUGUGAUAUUUUUACAUGGGUACCUUUCUUCUUCCUCGUUAUGGACAGAUACAGUUUUUAAGAAUCUAUCUGGACCGGUAAAGGGUCACUACAGACUUUUUGCUGUUGACCUUUUGGGAUUUGGAAGAAGUCCAAAGCCAAGUGACAGUAUGUAUACUUUGAAUGACCAUGUAGAAAUGAUAGAAAAAUCUUUAAUCUCUCCAUUUCAGUUGAAUUCUUUCCAUUUGGUAGCACAUUCCAUGGGUUGCAUAGUUGCUGUGGCCCUAGCUGCAAAGUACUCAAAGUUUGUCAAAUCAGUCACUCUUGUUGCACCUCCCUACUUCCCCUCUGCAAAAGAUGGAACAAGUACUUUAAUGGUGCUUGAAACACUUGCUGGGAAAAGACUGUGGCCACCAUUAGCAUUUGUUCAAUCGGUUAUGUCAUGGUAUGAGCAUGUGGGCAGAUGUUUUUGCUUCCUCUGUUGCCGGAACCAUAGGAUGUGGGAGAGGAUUCUGAAGCUAUUGACUCAAAGAAGAGAACUCGACUUCAUGGCAGUAGACUUCACUAGGCAUACCCAUCAUUCUGCUUGGCAUAGCAUGCAUAAUGUCAUAUGUGGAGGAGCAAAGUAUAUGCAUGACUAUCUGGAAAUCUUGAAUAGAUCAAGAGCCAAGGUUCGUAUCAUCCAUGGUGAUCAGGACCCGGUUGUCCCAUUGGACUGCAGCGUCAACAUCAAGAUGAACUUCCCAGCUGUAGAACUUAACAUUAUUCAGAAUGCUGAUCAUGCCACCAUAAUCCUCGGCAGAAAGAAAGAUUUUACUGAGAAUUUAGAAUGUAUAUGGGCAUCAUCCCAGAUGUGA